UUGCACGUUUCCACCAGUCGGUAUUCACAUUCUAGCGUGUCAUCAUUGUCCAUGAAAAUCUACGGAAUACAAUCAUUGACAUUGCCAGUCUGAUUUCCCUACAGUAAAAACAGCUCUUGCGCCAAAAGCUGAAAGUUGAUUAAAAAUAUCUUCGUUCAUCAUGAAACUCGCAAAGAAGGCACUUCCGUCUGUCAAACAAUUAGUCGAUAAGGUUACAUCAAAAAUAGAAAAACUCGAGAAGAAUGUGGAAGAGUUGGCAAAGACGAAAGUGGUAGAAGAGAAGAAGGAACCGGAAAAGUCAGAAAAGACGGAGGCAACGGAGCAUAAAGAAAUACCGACAGCGGUUGAGCAUACGGAAAUACCGAAAGAGCCGGUGAAGAAUGCGUAUAAGGAGCAAAACCUGGACGAGAGGUCAAAGAGGAGGAAUUUGAUCAUAAAAAUUAUUAUAUUCGUGGUGUCCAUCGUGUUUAUCCUCGUGAUGAUAGUGUUAAUAAAAGGAUGGAUGACGGAAGCAGACACUUCUAAAUGACACGCAGAAAAAAUCUGACAACGAAAACUUUUGGAUUUAUUUUCCAUGUAAUAAAAAGACGACGUACACCCAAUGUGGUGAACACGCAUGUAAUAAAUGUUAAUUCGAUAAUUAAAAAACUGAUUAAAGAAAAACACAA